AUGUCAAACACCGACUUUCUCGGCCGCGCCAUCGACACGGUAAAGAAAGCCAUUGAGCUUGACACCACCGGCUCCUACGAACAAGCCUACCAACAAUACUAUGCCGCCCUCGAACUCUUCAUGCUUGCCCUAAAAUGGGAAAAGAAUCCAAAGUCAAAGGAAAUGAUCCGGGCAAAGGCAGGAGAAUAUAUGGACCGAGCAGAGAAACUGAAAGCCCACAUUCAGGCGAACGAUUCGAGUAAUCGCAAAAAGCCAGCUGCCAUGGGAGUUAAUGGGAAAGCUGUCAACGGUGCGGGCAAAGGCGAAGCAGGAGACAAAGACGAAGAAGAUGCAGAUUCUAAGAAACUCCGUGGGCAAUUAAUGGGCGCGAUCUUGACGGACAAACCAAAUGUGAAAUGGGAGGACGUCGCCGGUCUAGACGGCGCAAAAGAAGCAUUGAAGGAGGCAGUCAUCUUACCCAUCAAAUUUCCUCACCUGUUCCAGGGCAAGCGACAACCGUGGAGAGGAAUAUUACUUUACGGUCCUCCGGGGACGGGUAAAUCAUACCUCGCGAAGGCUGUGGCGACAGAGGCGAACAGCACGUUUUUCAGUGUGAGUUCGUCCGACCUGGUGAGUAAAUGGAUGGGUGAGUCAGAACGACUGGUCAAACAACUUUUCAAUAUGGCAAGAGAAAACAAGCCGGCCAUCAUCUUCAUUGAUGAGGUCGACGCCUUGUGCGGACCUCGAGGGGAAGGCGAAUCCGAAGCGUCAAGACGUAUCAAAACCGAGCUUCUCGUCCAAAUGGACGGAGUGGGGAAAGAUUCUCGUGGUGUCUUGAUCCUGGGCGCAACAAAUAUCCCCUGGCAGCUAGACGCCGCCAUUCGCCGACGUUUCCAGCGAAGGGUACACAUCUCUUUACCUGACAAACCCGCAAGAAUGCGAAUGUUUGAGCUCGCUGUCGGAGAUACGAAGUGCGAGAUGACCCAGGCGGACUAUAAGGCUCUGGCAGAUUUGAGCGAAGGGUAUUCGGGGAGCGAUAUCAGCAUUGCGGUGCAAGAUGCGUUGAUGCAGCCUGUGAGAAAGAUCCAGACAGCCACGCAUUACAAGAAGGUCAUUGUGGACGGCGUUGAGAAACUCACUCCCUGCUCCCCUGGUGACCCUGGAGCAAAGGAAAUGACGUGGGUGGAGGUUGACUCGGAAAAACUGCUCGAACCGGCGUUAACGGUGAAGGACUUUAUCCGCGCCAUAAAGGCAAGCAGACCAACAGUGUCUGCAGAUGACUUGAAGAAGAACGCAGACUGGACAUCCGAAUUUGGAAGUGAAGGUGCAUAA